AUGCUUCUGCGAGCAGUCGGACGACAGAUGGCCACGGCGUUGCGGCAGAAGACCGCCGUCCGGAGCAUCGCAAUGAGCAGAAUGGCUCUCGGAGGUGGAGGACAUCAUCAUCAUGGUGAGAAACAGAACAUUCAGCUGAAAAUGUCAAAUUCUCGCAAUUUUUACAAAAAAAUCUAGAAUAUUUCCCAAACCCAGCUGAAAUUCUUCCAGAUCCACAGCCAGUGUACAUUCCGAAGCCAGGACCCCUCGACUGGUCCCUCUGCGGCUCCGGUGGCAAGCCUAAGCACGAAUUCGAACCGUACAAGCCGGAAGUGGGCACGUUCGUCGGAGCUCUCGUCUUCGUCGGACUCACCAUCGCCGCUGUUCUCUUCAAAACUGACACAUUCAAGGAGGAUAAGCAUCAUCAUCACGCGCACAAGAAGCAUGCUGCUCAUCACGAAGAGGAAGAGCACGCUGAACCGGAGCCGGAGCCAGAAGCUGCUCCAGUCGUUGAAGAGCCGGCCGUUCAGGAAGAGGAAGGCGCUCCAACCGCUUCUGAUUCCGAUUCUGCUACCACUUCGGAACCAGAGCCAGUUCAAGCAGCCGAGAUUUCUGAGCCAGCUCCAGCUCCACCAGCCGAGCCAGCUGUGACGCCAAAGGUAAACGAAAUAGAGAAAACAAAAUAAAGCAUUUGCAAACUUUCAGGAAGCCGAGCCUGAAGAACCAGCUGCAUCGACCAGCUCUGAGGAGAAGGUAAAUUUCAUUUCUUUUUCUUUUUCUUUUUCUUUUCUAAAAAACGUAUUCUUUCAGCCAGCCGCCGAACCGACGACUUCAGAAGCGAAAGAAGAGGUACAGUAGUCGGUUUCCAGCUUCUCCAUUGCACCCACAAAUCCAGUGACACCUCGCUAGAAUCUUAUCGAAUUUUCCCCUAUCAUACGUUUAUCAUCCACAAUUCUAUCGGUUUCUUGCGGUUUUCUAUCCCCAGAAAAGUCGUGUGCCUUGUUCUUUUCUCUCUUUCGUUUCCCCCCGGUUGCUCUGAAUUCUCUCUUUCAGACCGCCCAUCCCCAUUCUCAGUCGUUUUCAGAAGUGAAUAAAUGAGUUUUUGACGGACGUUUUUGAGAGCAUCAAGUGGAUUUUUCAGAAACUCCACUGCGAAUACGUCAUCAUUGGAUCCGGCACCGCCGCCUACUACGCUUCUUUGGCGAUUCGAGCGAAACAGGCGGAAGCCAAAGUCUUGAUGGUUUGUUUUAUUGAAAAAUGAGAUGAAACCAGCAGAAAUUAGACACUUCUGGCAGAUAUUGUACAUUUUCAGAUUGGCGAAGAAACGGAACUGCCCUACAAUCGACCGCCGCUUUCCAAAGAAUUAUGGUGGUACGGAGACGAAACGGCGGCGACAAAACUGGAUUACACAUCACUUUCCGGCAGGAAACGAGACAUUUUCUAUGAGGUUUUCCCCCAAAUUAUCCCGGUUUCACACGUUUUCUUUUUCGCCAGGUCGAUGGCUUCUUCGUGACUCCAGAAGACCUUCCGAAGGCGACGCACGGCGGAGUUUCCAUUCUUCGCGGCAAGAAAGCCGUCAAAAUAUGCGAGGAGGACAAGAAAGUGAUUCUGGACGACGGAACGACGGUUGGAUACGAUAAAGUGCUGAUUGCGACGGGAGUUCGGCCGAAGAAAGAGAAGAUCUUCGAGGAGGCGAGCGACGAGGCCAAACAGAAGAUCACAUAUUAUCAUUAUGUAAGUGUGCUCCAUCGCGAAUGUCUAGAGUUGUUUGUAUUCUUUUCAGCCAGCAGAUUUCAAGAGGGUCGAAGGAGGUCUCGCCGAUAAAUCCGUCCAAAAGGUGACAAUCAUCGGAAGCGGACUUCUGGCUUCUGAGCUCGCGUAUUCGAUCAAGAGAAAGUACGGAGAUGUGCAGAUUCAUCAAGUUUUCGAAGAGAAAUUCGCCGUCGAAGACAUUCUCCCCGCCCAUCUUGCUGAAAAAUCCACAGAAGCCAUUCGCAAAUCAGGCAUCGACGUCCGUGCGGAACAAAAGAUUCACGGAGUCAGAAAGUGCUGCAAAAACGUCGUUCUUCUUCUGAAGGACGGCUCGGAACUACGUACCGACCUCGUCAUUGUGGCCACGGGAGAAGAGCCGAACUCGGAAAUCAUUGAAGCGUCGGGACUGAAGGUGGACGAGAAGUUCGGAGGAGUUCAGGCGGACAAACACCUGAAAGUCGCUGAGAAUGUGUGGGCGGCCGGGGCGAUCGUGGCGUUCGAAGACGUUGUGCUCGGAAAGAGACGGAUCAGUUCGUGGGAGCAUGCACAGGUCAGCGGACGGUUGGCAGGAGAGAACAUGGCAACGAACGGACAGACGGAGAAGGCGUUCUGGUGGAGAGACAUCGGGAAAAGAGCCCAGAAAUGAUGAUUUUUCAGGUACCAGCCGUCGUUCUUCACUAAAUUCGCACCUCACCUGCACAUCAACGCCGUCGGACAAUGCGACUCGAGCCUGGACACAGUGACUGUGCACGCCGAUCCGGACGGAGAGACUCCCCUCGAGAAAGCUGUUGUUUUCUAUAAAUCAAAGGACGACGGAAGUGUAAGUCGGACAAAUCCACGGGGCAUCUCUUGAAUGCAGAACGCUUCAGAUUGUCGGAGUGCUCCUUCUGAAUGUGUUCGGGCCGUCGCUCGACGUCGCUCGCCGCAUAAUUGACGAUCGGAAAAAGGUGGACGAAUACAAAGAAGUGGCCAAGCUGUUCCCGCUUUACGAUCCGCCGAAAGUCGAGGAGGAAGAGAAGGAGAAGAGCCCCUGA